AUGGGUGGGGUGGUAAGUUCAGGACAAAACAAUGACGAUCUGAUAGACAAUUUGUUAGAGGCUGAUUACAUAAAAACGUCAAUGAUAGAAAGAGUCUUUAGAGCUGUAGAUAGGGCUGAAUAUUUCCUGGCUGAAGCCAGAGGCAAUGCUUACAAGGACCUGGCUUGGAAAUGCGGGAAUCUGCACUUGUCAGCACCAUGCAUCUACAGUGAGGUCAUGGAGGGAUUAUCCAUAGAGCCUGGAAUGUCCUUCAUGAACCUUGGCUCUGGUACCGGGUACCUCAGCACCAUGGUCGGGCUGAUCCUCGGCAGCUGUGGCGUCAACCAUGGGAUAGAAUACCAUCUCGAUGUAGUUCAGUAUGCCAAUAAGAAACUAGAGGAGUUCAAGAAGCACUCAGGAGCUAUUGAUGAGUUUGAUUAUUGUGAGCCCAAAUUCAUACAAGGUAAUUGUCUGUGUCUUACCAGUGAAUGUAAUGCUCGGUACGACAGAGUCUAUUGUGGAGCUGCUUGUCCUCCCCAGUAUGAGAACUACAUGAAGAAUUUGUUGAAAGUUGGGGGUAUACUUGUGAUGCCUUUGAAUGAUCAUCUGGUGCAGAUUCUCAGAACUUCUAAGACAAAUUGGAAUACAAAAUCACUGUUGCCAGUGUCCUUUGCCACAUUGAUUCAGCCUCCAGAAGAAAUACAAGAAUGGGUCCAAAUGAUUGAAGUGGAGCCUUCUUCUCUGCAAGAGCUUUGUAGAUCUGUUGUGAGGAAUAUUUUACGUAAAAAUGUGGAGAAAGAGCAUCCUCCUAUCAAGAAAUCUCCUCCUGUGAAUAAGGCUCCAAAGAAGAAGAGGGCACUUAGGAGACUGGUGGUUCCCUUAUUUGAAUCUGAAGAUAGUUCAGAUGAUGAUAGACAUGUUAGAAUUGGUGGGGUUAGGAACAGAGAUGCUGGUAGAGCCACAUUCAGAGAAGAAAGUGAUGGACUCUUGAAUUUCGUUCUCGGCACAUUCAGAGAAGGUAGAAAUCUUUUUGCAGGACAUGAUAAUCACAACAGAGAAAGGACUUUAGUAGAGGGAGACCAGUCCAGUGAGGAUAACAGAAUGGAGACUGAUACAAACGAAUCAACAGAAGACAGUGAAAAGAAAUCUCAGGUGGAAACCAAAAUUGAAACUCAAGCUGUUAUCGAACAUGUACCAACAACAAGUCAAAAUGCUCAAAAUAAUGCAGAAAAUGUACAGGAAAGGGUUGUUGAAUCUCCAAUCCAACCACAACCCUCUGUCGCCCAACCCGAUAGGGAAGAAAUCUCUGAAGCCCUAGAGCUCCACGACGUCUUCUUCGGCGUGUUGAACUGCCUGAGAAGAGAGAGAGGAGAGGGGGAAGAUCCUCUGGAAGAGGAAGAAGAGGACGACCACGUGGAGAUGGGUGGAGAGGGACCCAGCACAGGGGAGAGUAGGGAGGGUAGAAAUAAGAAGAAGAGGGAGAAGUUCGAUAGUGGAUUGGGGGAUGAAAUCGUGGAGAAUCACAGUGAGACUUCUGAAGACGUAAUCUCCAGCUCGGACGAAGACCGGCACCAGGAGAAGCGCCCAAAGCGCGCACAGCAGUCCGACCGCGACCCGCCGCGCAGCGUCCUCAAGUGGCGGCGCACCGAAGCUCUGACUGCGCAGCGCUUCGCCGACAGCGACAGCGAGCGGGAAGCGGAGGGGGAAGGGCAGCGAUCAGAGGAGGGGGAGAUGCGCAUGUACCGCAGCCCCUACUCGGAGCAUCUGAAGGCCAAGAUACAGCGGCUGCCGCUGCCUCCCAUUCUGAAGAGAUAUUUGAAUUUCUACAGGGAAUUUUAAGGUUA